CCUGCCCUUGAAGGAGGAUAUCCGAGAAUUCUCGCAGUCCUGGCGCUAACUAUCGUUCUCACUUACAUUAACUACAGAGGCCUGAAUGUGGUUGGCUGGGCUGCAGUUUGCCUGGGUGUCUUCUCCCUGCUUCCAUUUGCUGUCAUGGGCUUCAUUUCAAUCCCAAAGCUGCAACCUUCAAGAUGGCUGGUGACAGAUUUACAUGACGUUAAUUGGAAUCUGUAUCUAAACACUCUGUUUUGGAACUUGAAUUACUGGGAUUCAAUCAGUACGUUGGCAGGAGAAGUGCAUAAUCCUGGUAAAACGCUGCCAAAGGCGCUAUUUUUCGCUGUUAUCUUAGUUAUCACAGGCUACUUGUAUCCAUUACUAGCCGGUACUGCUGCGAUUCCGCUGAAUAGAAAUCAGUGGACUGAUGGAUACUUCUCCGAAAUCGCAAGAAUCCUCGGCGGAGUGUGGCUGAGGUGGUGGCUUCAGGCGGCCUCUGCGCUGUCGAACAUGGGGAUGUUUGUAGCCGAAAUGAGCAGCGAUUCGUAUCAGAUAAUGGGGAUGGCUGAGAGAGGAAUGCUUCCGGAGGUGUUGGGGAAGAGAUCCAAACACGGAACUCCGGUUAUCGGCAUAUUGUUAUCGGCUUCCGGCGUUGUGUUGCUGUCGUGGCUGAGUUUUCAGGAGAUUGUGGCGGCUGAGAACUUUCUUUAUUGUGUGGGAAUGUUGAUGGAAUUUGCGGCGUUCGUGAGGCUGAGGAUGAAGUAUCCGAGAGUUCGGCGGCCGUAUCGGAUUCCGAUGGGGACAUUGGGAUGCCUUGUGAUGCUGAUUCCGCCGUCGGCGGUCGUGUUUGUUGUCUUGGCUUUCUCUACUCUGAAGAUUGUGUUCAUCAGUUUGGGCGCUCUGGCGGUUGGUUUGGUUUUGCAUCCUUGUUUGAAGUUUGUGGAGAAGAAGAGGUGGUUGAGGUUCUCGGUGAUGCCUGGAUUGCCGGACUUCGAAGGAAUUAAUAUAUAAAGUUAGAUGAGGAGAGCUUAGUUCAAUCUCAAAACAGCAAUUUUUAUUUUUUAUUUUUAUUUUUUUAUUUUUAUGAUGGAUUCUUUUUUAAUCGAUCAA